CAUUUGUUUGUCCAACUGUACGCUGGGCCCGCUGUAACAAGGUUCCUCGUUGGGACAGUACUGCCCACAAUCUGUAACUACGCUGUAUUCCAGGCUGGGACAGUGGCUAGGUGUUGUGUGUAGUACUCUGCUCCUAUACAGAGGGAUUUUACUUCUGGUACUGUGAUACUGUCUGUGUAAGCAUACAGGUAACACUGGAGAAGGUAUACACACAAAAUUCCUCACUCCACUCAGCCGUGACCAAUGGUAGGCUAUAUACCGUGAUAAGACCUAUCACCUUUAGUAUUCCACCCAUUGGUUCAACCUGUAUCUGGACACCAUGCUUUUGGAUUCGUAUCAACUUGUUCCAUUAACAUCAGUCCCAUCCGUGUUUGCCAUUCACCUGUAGCCCAACGACCCCGGGGUGAAAUCUCAGGUGUGCCUGUACAGGUAUCUCAACAGUGCUGUCAAGUGAAUCUGGUCCACAUAAGGUCCUGUACGACAACAGUCACACUCCGCAAUAAACAUAUGAAACCGUCAAGACAAUGAGAAGAUAACUCCACAACUGACUCGCGUCUCUGGUGACUUGUUCGUUCGUUCUAUUGGAGAUAUUUACUUUUCAAUCUUAAAGUGGUGCAGGAGAAAGCUCCGUUAUUAACAUUUGGGAUAAAAACUUGAGUUUAAGCCCCUUCUUGUGUGUAAAAGUUUGGAGUAUUUUAUCCGCGUUUGGACCCCCUUCUAUGGGAAUUUAGUUGUGAUUUAAAAUGGUGGAAUAUAAAGUAGCGAGGAUGCUUCCAGAUCUGAAGUACCAUCCUUACCUACAGACAUACACGCCCCGCAGCAUGCCGUCCGCAAGCCCCAACACCACGAGUAGCCUGACCGCUCACCAAAAAGAACUGUUGAGCUGCAGCAACUUAUACCUCCGGCACCUUAGCCCAAACACAACAGACGAAGACCUCGUCGAACUCUGUCAGAGAUAUGGCAAGAUUGUUUCCACCAAAGCCAUAAUGGACCAAACUACAAACAAAUGCAAAGGGUAUGGAUUCGUUGAUUUUGAGAACCCCCAGGAUGCCGCAGUGGCUCUGAAAAACCUUCAGGCACAAAAUAUGCAAGUUCAGAUGGCCAAAGUAAGUAUUACAGAACAACAAGAACAAGACCCCACCAAUCUAUACAUCUCCAAUCUUCCCCUGUGUUACACCGAAACCAACCUAGAGAACAUGUUUAAGGACUUCGGCACCGUCAUCUCUACACGAAUCCUGCGCAAGACGGGCGACAACACGAGUCGGGGCGUUGGUUUCACGCGCAUGGAGAACAAGGAGAAAUGCCAACAAAUUAUUGACCAUUUUAACGGAAAAGUUCUCCCAGGCUGUACAUUACCUCUCCUUGUAAAGUUUGCUGAUGGCGGUAACAAGAAAAAGAAUACACAGAUCCAACAGAAAAUCUGGCCAGAAAGGGAAGGGCUAUUUCCACUGGCAUCUUAUGAACAAGCAGCUUUUGCUCAAAAUGGAGUGGCCCAGGCCUUGAUGGCAGCCCCACAAGGAAUCCUUCCCCGCUACGCAAUGUCGACACCUCAGACUACAUACCAAGUUCAGUCGUCACCUGCCUGGGGCAUGCCACCCGGUGGAUACAUUAUGCAGCCUCACAUGCCAGCAUUCAUGGCUGGACACCCAGCAGCCUCUGCAGCGGCGUUCAAUCAGAUGUACGCCCAGGCCCCUGGAACAGCCGCCAUGCUACAGGCUCUUCCAUUAGAGGACCACGAUGCUUUGGAAAACACGCCACACUUCCAGACCUACGCAGCCACACCCUCAAGUUUUACGUGAUUUCAUCUCUAGACAUACCAACGUAAACAAACACACAGCAACCAACCGAUCAGCAUGACGAAAUACAAAUCACCGUGGUUACAGCCUACGUCAUUUACAUUCUGUUCCAAAAUGAUGCUAAAACAACUGUACCAUGAAAACAAAAUCACCAACUUUUUAGACCAGAGAAUUAUGAAGGACUAGAAGCUUGACAUGUCUUGUUAGGGGAUAUUAAAACUCCCUUUAUAUAAAAGCUUAACAACUGAUUACCAAGGAACUUAAUUCAAUAGUUUUUUGAGGAUGGCAAAUAAGACUUGCUGUGACAACAUAUAUUGUUGUAAAAAUGACUUUCGCAACACCAUCCUAUAGACAUUUAAAGGCACACCAAGAUACUCAAUCUGGAUGAAGAAAUGGUGAAAACAUCCAAGCACUAAGUCAAGCUUAGUGACUCGUAACGAUCAAUAAAAUAUUUUUUUUGUCUAUGUCAAUGCCUAAAAGUGAUCAACUGGAUAUUAUUUUUGUUUUCUUGAAAGAAAUGUGAUUCAAUGAUGCGCCACUUUUAUUAGUAAUCAGUAGAUAGGGUUUGUGAGGUUAUUGAGCGAAUGUGUUUUAUUCCGAUAUUGAAGUUACUGUCCUUUUUUGGCGUACAAAUUUACAACCACCUAUCUUACAAAGCUGAGAUUAAUUAUCGUUCUUACGGGGUAACAGCUGACUGUCUGGGUGUAGCCACAAGUCUCGUCAUAGGGCGAACUAAAGUUACAGUGAUAUUUACAAACCUGUAUGCGACACAGAUUACCCAUACAAAUCAUACUUCCACUAUUUUAAGUCAUGCUGCUACUCCGAAGAUCAGAUUUCAGGUCAAUAUUUUUUAACAUGCAAGUACAAAUAUGUUUUACUUUUGUUUCAUUUGUGUUAUAAAGAAAUUGCAUUAACAUGCCAUUGAGUUGCUCAAGUUUAAAAAAAUAAAAAAUAAAUGUGUUUGCUUAAUUUUAGUAAUUAAUUAAUUUUAGUAUUUUACACGCUAGCUGUUGAGCACCUAGUUUAUAAAUAUAGUGUAAACACUUUUACAUGGGCUUCUUCAUGCAUAAUGCUGAUUUGAUAUUUGUUAGUGUAAAAGUUUUAAUUUCAUGCAUGAAUGAAUUUUAAGAAAGUGUUGAGGCACUUGUAUCUCAUUGUACUAAUAUGUUGACAUACUUUUGACAUGCUUUUCCUGAUCAGAGGCCGAUAUGCAUCACAAAUCACUAUUACAAGUAAUCACCAAAUUUGUUUUACCAAAGUUACUCUCGAGAUAAUUAAACAAUUUGUAAUAUUGUUUUUUAUCUGUUUCCAGAACAACAGUAAAAAUAUCAUAUUUGAAGUUGUCUGUGACAUUUUUAUUUCCUGUAAUACUACAGAAAAACUUGAGCAAUUCCAUCGUGUUUUGACUGACAGACUAGGUGUUUAUGUGAGUAAGUUACGAUGAGCCUGGAGUCUAUAUACCAGACCUAAAGGCACCUAAUUGAUAGCAUUACCGGAUGGCUUCUAAGAGUGAAUGAUUUUUAUACAGCGCGUAUUGAUGAAAUUGAGACAAAUAUAGAGUCAACAUUUUUAAUUGUACAUAUACAUGCUACAUUUGCAAAUGAUGAUAAUUUUUAAUUUUUUCUGUUCAUAAGAUUUUAUGUUUCAUUCAUUUUAGAAUUUUAGUAAAUGUUUUGUGGUCUUCAUGUGACUUAUGCAUCCUCUUAUGUCCAUAACAUAUUGAUACGAAUACUGAAAUGUUUUUUUACGACUUAUGCUACCUUGGCAGAUAUUUGCUUUUAUUAUUAACAAUUGAAUUCACUAUGAUUAAUCGGAUGUUUUACUCGACCAACAAAUCAAUUCAACACAUCCUCAAAAUUAUCCAAACCUAACUUAUUAUUAUCGUUUAUAAUCUACAUUCUGAUCAAACGAUUAUUUGGAACCAAUCGAAUGAUAUUUUUUGUCCAAUGUAUUGUUUGUGGGUGGAUAAUGGUGUAUUAACUAUCUUCAAUUUUGAUAAACUAAGUAUACUCCGAAAAUAUCAUUUAAUAUCACAGCUAAGCUACGCCAGUAACAUUUUCUCGAUCUGUGAUUGCCCUCAGUCGAAACUAUUUGAUGACGCUUAGUUGAAUCAAUUCAAUUUCAAUAUCAAAAAAUGUGUAUGAGCUCAAACAAUUAAAGUUGAUCAAAUUGAAAUAAAAAUGAUCACAAUCCAGUAUGUUCAAGGUAGCAGUAAAGAAAUUGUAAAUAGUUCAUCAUUUGUUUCAUUUCAGGCCACUAAUUAGUGUUCACUCAGCAGGCCAAUGUAAAUAUCAUGUUCUGUAUAUGACCAAUCAGAUUGUUUCAUUUUUAUGAUUUGGUUGCUGGGCAACAGCAGACCAACCACUGCAGCGACCAGGAGUCACAUGAUGUCUGGCAUAGUUAUUGUAUUGAAGAAACAAAUUCUAGCAAGAAAUAUUUCGAGACUAUCUAAUCAUCGCAACAUGUUUUAAGUUGCUGGAUAAUUGUUCUUCAACUAUUUUUAUUUUAUUUUAGUAAUUUUAUUUCUUUUUCACAGCAUGCCGUAAAGUGGCUUUGAUUCCUGGUAUCUGCAGACGCUAGCGUUUUGGUAUAGUGCUUCUCCCAUUCAUCAUUUGUCUUUUUAUCUAUGUUUCAUGCUACAAUAAGAAAGAAGCAGUUCAUAUUAGUUUUAGGUUAGAUUUUUUUUGUUCUCGCGUGUAGGCUUCUGUAACCAAUAAUGAAAGAAAAUCUUGACAUAAACAUUUGUUUAUUUAUCACCAUAAGGUCACUACAUCACUGAUGGUGUAUGUAGUACUUACAUUAUCAUUAUACACGCAUCAUCUGUAGACAUUUUUUAUUAAAAAAUAGCAAUUUUCUUUUCCAUUUCAUUUUUCUGCUUCUUUUUUUUCUUGUACUUGUAACUAAUUAAGAACAAACUUGAAUUCUUCAGGGCAAUUUUUUUUAUAGAAGGCAGAGGGCUAUACACAUAUAUAUAUGUGAAAUGAGUGUAACGGUUAUCCAUAAGUUGUCUUGUACUGUUAUAUAUAAAAUGUGUUUUUAAAACAAAAAAGUAUUUAACCAUUAAGUAUCAAACGUCCAAAAAAACGUCUUCCAGACUUUAAAUAAAUAUUAUCGGAAUUAUAACGUACCUUGCACCCAUUCCUCGGCCCCUGCACACUGCUAAGUAUAUAUAUAUAUUCCAGUAAUAAUGGUCAAAGACAAUUCCUUUAUACGUAAAUAAUAUAUACACAUAUAUAGAAUCCUACGUAAUGCAAAAUGCCACAGCGUAACUUUAUGCAAAGGAACGGUAAUCUUCAAACAUAUAAUUACCUUUUGUGUUAAAGCAUAUUUGUUUUUCAUUAUACGUUUUUGAGCUAUUAGUAGAAUGAGAACGAUUGAUCAGUUAGGUUUUAGCGGUUGCGAAAUUUUUCACUAGGUGUUGUAAAUUGAUUCGUCGAGACCGACAUGUUAUAUUCUUAUUAUGCACAAUUUACCUAAGAAACUGGAGACUACCUUGUAUCUAUGGAAACCAGUGUAGAAUUUUCACUAAGUUGCUUUCGUUUUUUUUUUUUUAUAUCUGCAGUCUUUAAAUCUGGAUUUUAAACCCAUGCAACCUGAACAAUUUGCUGCUGUGGUUGUUUUAAUAGUUUACAAUUUUUUGUAUCUUGCUUGAAUAAUUAAUCAUAAUCUUGGCUUCUUUAAGAAUAUAUGUUGCAAGUACUGCAACAUGUCUUUUUUUUCAAAAGAUUUCCAAACUGACAAACUUGUAGAACAAUUUGGACUAGUUUGAGUAUUGAAUUUGAUUUUCAUAUUUUGAAAAAAAUAGAAGAAUACUUGACUUCAUAACAAUCAAGUACGUUUAGUUCUGAAUUAUCUGUUAAGGUAGAGAUUUCCACCAAUUUCCUACACUAAUAUACAGGCACAGAAAAGUUGAAUAUUUCUAUAAAAUUUAGGUUUUGCCCUCUAUCCUCAUACUACAGUAUUAAGUCAUUCACCCCUGAAGUUUCAUAAUGAACUAUUCCAACCUUUGAAUUGGAAGAGUUUAACAGUGUCUUCAGGGGUGAAUGAGUUGUAGGUUAUUGGUCCUUUUAUGGAGUCAAACAUUUCAAAAAAAAAUUGUAGUAAAGUUGCUAAAAAUAUUGCCAUACCAAACAACAUGUUCAAGAGGUCAGGGGAUUGAAUCCCCAGAGAGAAAGUGAUAUUAUAAUGACAAGCAACUCUACAUGUAUGUCAGAAAAGUAAUGAACAUAUUGAUACUCUUCUUUGAUAGAGAUACAAAACUGAGUGCAGGGACUCUACCUUAACAUUAAUUCAAAGGUUUUUGAUGGGAGAUAACUCUAACACAAAUCACAGGUAAUAUUAUGUAACGUAGCUUACUAUAUUCUGAGCGUAUGAACCCUAUUACACAUCACAGUGCCAGUAUAUAUAUAAUGUGUACAGACUCAAUGUGCAAUAAUCAAAAAAAUACUGUAUAAAGAUUUGUUAAGUUUCAUAUUUUCUUUUUUGAUUUUAAAUUUAAGAAGAUGUUCGAAAAUUGUUUUUUUUACAAGUGUAUUUACUGUACAGAUUGAUAUUGUAUGUAGAAACUCUUAGAAACCCGGACAGAGUCAAAAAUUGAUAGAUUUUGGUGUAGGGGGGAUAACCACCCGACUCCACGCGAGUCGACACCUGUAUUAGAAGUGGGAUGAGGAAACCCAUUCUUACUAAGAAAACUGUACAUUGACCAGGAUAUCACAGAAACUCUGCAAAAUAUAAACUGAAAUCUGUAACUGAACAACAAUGUAGUGACGAGCAUAUGUUAAAAAUGAUUUGUUUUAAGUAGAAUAUGACUGACAUCUUUGAUCAUCAAAGUUAACCAUGCAGCUACAUCAACUUCGGUUCACAAAAUGUUUUUGUCUAGUUGUCCGUCUUUUUUUCAUUUUUAUACUUUAACAAAACCUUUUAUGAUCCAGUGGAAUACACUCCCUUCCAAUGCAAGUCCCAUCUUGUGUGGACCUGACCCCAUUUUAGCAGGUUUAUAUCAAUCGUCUUGUCAUCUCUCUUUUAUUGAACAGAACAUAUGUAAUCAUUGAUCAUCCCUCUUUAAUUUGUUUUUACCCAUAUCAUUGAAUCAUUUCAUUGAAAAAAGUCUUUUCUUUUAUACAGAAAACCUUACAAAAAAAAAGAUAAUGAAAAAAUGCAUGCCUAAUGUUACCUUGACCUUUGACCUAAAUGUGACCUUGCUGUUUUCCUUAAAUGUUGUUUGGUGUUUUUUGGAAUAAGAUAAUUGCUGCCUAAUGUUAAGUGCCAGUCAGCCAUCAAUCAAAUAAUGACCUUUGACCCCUAGCAUGUUUGCGAUUAAAUGUUCAGUGAGAGGGUUGACAUUUAUUUUGGGAUCAAGGGUAGCUUACCCCUUCAUUCCAAUAGGCUCGGUCACUUAUAAGGCUGGCAGAGUCCAUGUCAAAGUAUAGGGUGAUGAAGGGGUAGGUACCAGUUACAUAAAGGAAACUUUAGAUGUUGAAGGUGGAUAUUUUUGUUAAAUAUUCGUCAUGUUGAAUGUUGAAAUUGAGGUAAAAUGUUACAUGUUGUAUGGAAAGAAGUCCAUUUUUUCAAGUGAAUUGUUCAAAAAUGUUAUUUUUUCAUCAUUAGUUUUUAGCCUGUAACAGUUUACCAUUGGUUAUCAUUGAUGUCCAGGGGAAAAUGUUCAAUUCAUGUCACUCAUCUAAUUUUCUCACUCCUGUACAACCUGCGUUCUCUGUGGACCAGGCACUCGUUGUCAAUAGCUACAAAUCACUCUUGUUGUUGUGGCAACGGGGCAGGAGGUAUGACAUGUGUUUGUGUGACGAUUUAAAUGAAGCGGUAGUCUUAGUUGUUCAUCAUUGUCAUGAAAAAUGGGAAAAAAGCAAAAAAUAAAAUCAAUGACUGUUGAA